GAGCAAACGAUGUCGUCGACCGAGCUCUCGCCGUCGCAGGUCGCUCUCGCCGUCGACGCGUACGUCGGCGCGACCCUGCGCUGGCUGGCGCUGCACCGCGGUGGCUGCUUCCCGCCCACCGUCCGUGGCUUCAACGUGCACCUGCCCUUUCCCGUGUCGCCCGAGACCAUGGAGCAGUGCAUCCUCCCGGCAAUGAAGCUCGACAAGCGGCUCGUGCAGCGCCACAGCUACUGCAGCGCGCUCUGCCUCGACCUGCCAGGCCGCGCGAUCGCGCAGGCGACCAUCGAAGACGUGCUCGACGAGGCGAUCCCGUUCUUUACGCAGCGCAUGCUCACGUUCACGGCCAAGGGCCAUACCUACCACUCGCCCGACGUCGACGGGAUGCUCAAGCCGCCGCCGCACCUUGCAAAGGCGCCGAUUGUCGCCAAGAUCCUCGCCGCGCUCAAGGCCCACCCGCUCGUAAAGAGCGCGCCGUACAAGCCCGGUCUGCUUGCGUUUUCGAGCAAGGCGUCGUCGAGUGCCACGGUCGACCCGAACGACAACUAUGCCACGUUCCUGACCCACCAAGUCGGUCUCUUUACCGGCCGCAUGCAAACGUCGAUCGAGAAGAACCUCUCGUACCACGACACGGACGUCAAGUCGAUGCUCAAGGCGCCGGCAAAGUGGGACCAUGCGACGGUCGUCGAGCACAUUGUCGCCCGACUGCGCGAGAACCCGACCGUCAACUCCGUCGUCGACGCCAAGGGCCGCGUCCGCUUUACGCGCUUGGCGCCACCGUCGACGAUCUCAUUGGACGCCUUUGUGGACGAGCGAAGCGCGUACUUUCUCGGUCGCAUGCGCUCGAUAACAAGCGUCGGCGGCGUCUACUCUGCAGCCGACGUCAAGAGCCUCAUCAUGGUGCCCGACCACCUCGAUGCGGAUGCCGCGUAUAUCCGCGUGCUCGCAGCGCUGCAAGCGUGCACGGAGGUCGUGUCGACGACCGACACAACCGGCCGCGUGACGUUUACGGCGCUCGGUGCCACCACGUCGCCGGCACGUAGCGUGGCCUCGGCCGCCGAGGAUGACGCGUCGGUAUCAUCGAUUGUCGAGCUCAUGCUAUCGGAUGACGUCACUCGCUUCCGAGUGCAGCUGCACGCGGCGUUGGCGUCGUCGAGUGGCAGCUUUCCCGUGCGCAACGUGCGCAAGCAGAUGGAAGACCACAGGUACAUUUCGUCGACCAACAUAUUCGCGAUCGUCCGGACCAUUGUGCACCAGCUGCUCGAAGACCCGGGUAUUGCGAUCACUGAGAAUGGCGCCAAGCUCGUGCGCGUGCCGGGCGCGGUCCUGGCGCCGCUCACGACGCCGUCGCUGACGCCAUUGACGGUCGUGACGCUCGAGACGGCCCGCCGCGCCUUGACGUCGCCCGUGUACCUCGGCGACGUCUCCAAGGAGCUCGAGACGCUCAGGCUCUCUCUGGCGGGAUCGCUCAAAGCGGUGCUGGCCACCUUGCAGGCGCGCGACUGUUUUCAGAUGGACACGAACGGCUUUAUCAACGUCAACGACGGCGCGUGGACCAAGCAAGUUGAAGCGUACAUUGGCAGCCAGCCAGCCGAGCGCAAGCAGCCCAUCUCGAGCUUGACGUCCCGGACGCUGCCGCUGUCUCCAGCGGUACCUACUGUCGACGCACGGCCGACAACGCCAUCGAUCGACGAUUUUGUCGAAAUGAACGUCGCGUUCUUUACGAAGCGCAUGCUCGAACGGACGCGGGACGGCGGCAUGUACUACGUCGGCGACACGCAGGCGCUGCUGCAAGCCGGCGGACCGCACUACAGCGUCAAUGCCUUUGUCCGCAUCUUGAAGGCACUGCGGGCGCACCCGGACGUUGUCUACCAAGUCGACGCGGACGGCAACGGCUACUUUACGCAAGCUGUUCGCGAUGACGUCGACCAGUACGUUGCGCAGCACGCGUCACUGUACUUGGGCCAAAUCGCCGACUAUAUCGCGGGUGGCAACUGCUUCUUUACGUCGUACCUCCCGAGCCAACUGCGCACGAUCGUUCCGGACACGGCGCUGAUCGAGCCGGUCGUAGAGGCGGUCGUGGCGUCCCUCCAGCGCAACCCGCGCUUCCGUUUUGCUACGGACAGUACAGGGCGGGCGUAUUUUACGACAGGCCAGCCGCGUCUUGGCGACACCGACGUUCUCAGCCAACAACCGUCGAGCGACAUCGAGGUCGAGCCCGAGCCGUCGGUCAGUGACGCGUCGUCAUCAAAAGCCAUGCCGACAACGUUUGGCAAGCUCGUCAAGGACCUCACGGCGCGCUUCACAGUGCAAAUGAUGCUGACGGUUGAGAGCAACCACACUCGCUUUCACGUCUCGUACCUCCGGGGCGAGCUCGGCAAGACGUUUCAAGGUGUCUGCCUCGCCCAAGGCCACGACGUCGCCAAGCUGACGGCUGCCAUUGUCGAGCAGCUCAAGAAGGACCCUCGCGUGAUCUACGACGCCUCGGCGGCUGUCUUUGUCAAGAACCCCGACACAACACACGUCAAGGGCACCAACGCCACAGGCGUCAAGACCACCACAACGGCGCCCGCCAAGGGCCAGGACGCAGACGUCAAGAAGCACGCGGCCGCGAUGCUAAAGGGCAUGCUGAAGCUGCCGGUGACCAACAAGCGCUUUUACGUCGAGUUCAUUCCGGGCAUCGGCGACUACAAGACGAGCGCGCUCGCCCGCGCCAUCGUAGCCGAGGUUGCCAAGGACACGCGCUACGUCUUGCGCACCGAAGGUGUUCCCCGGCCGUUCUUCGAGAGAAAAGGCGAGACAAAAGCACCAAGCGUCAAGUCGACCCCGUCCCGCGCCCCACCAACUCCAUCGCGCGCCCCGACAGUGACAAGCCUGUCGAUGGACAACGCGGCCAGCAACGGCGAUACCUCGCACGGGCCGACGGUUGUGUCGACGGCCGCGCAGCUUCAACACACGGUCGGCGCCCUCGACGUGGUGCAGUCGCCGUGGACACCGCGCGCCGUCGCCCUUGACGCCCAUGGUGUGUGGCCUCACGUUUUGCUUCAGUUGGCGAGCGACAAUACGGUUAUCCUCAUCGACGUCGAGAGCACUGGAGCCAACGCUGUGCACACUGCGCUGUACCCGAUGCUGGCGUCGACCGCUGUCACCAAGGUCGUCUACGGCGCCCAUCGUCUCGCGGCGACGAUGGCGCAGCUGCAUGCCGACUCGAUACCGUCAGUUGUCGACUUGGAGCUGCUGAUGGAGCACCAAACCACGCGCUUCAACGUUCCAUUCGCCAAGAUGCUCUCGCUACUCGGACUACCCGCGCAUCCGUAUCCCCGGUACCUCGACCGACCCGACUUCUUUGAUCAACGACCACUUCGGGCCGAAGCGACACAGGCCGCAGCAGCGACGGUGUCUCAGUUGCUGGACGCCUACCAUUCCUCGGAAGAUGAUGUCAGCUGCAACCGCGAUGAACUUUUGACCGCCUCCAACCAGCGACUGCAUCAGGCCAUUGCUUCUGAUGGUCAGCGGUCGCUGUGCUUUGACGCGCAGCAGAAUCAGCGACUCGUCUCGACCGAGUACCUCCAGGCGUGGCGACCCCACGACGUUGUUUCGAGUCCGCCAGUGGUGAUCCACGAAGACUUGGACGACAUUUUGGGGUUAUUGCCACCUGACCUCGCGGCGCCACUGCUCCAACCAGAGGUCAGCGCUAAGCUACUGGACAUUGUCUUGGACCUCGGACGCCGACCGUGGGCGUGGGUCAACGGCGCGCGUUUCUUUCUCGAUCCGAGUAACCACGACCGCGUCGUCACGAGAGACGACCUCGAUUCGAUCGUGGAGCGCGUCGGCGGCUUUGGCAGCGACAACCGCGCCGGCCUCGAGCGACAACUGCACCGUAUCUCGGCGAUUCGCAACCGCCAAGACAGGAUCAUCGCCCUGACGAUCCGCGUCGGCCGGUACAUUGAAGGCAACGCGGGCUUGAUCGCGGAUCUUCUGGCAAUGGAAGACAAGAACAUUCUCUUCCUCGGCGAACCAGGCUGCGGCAAAACCACCAUCGUCCGCGAAGUCUCUCGGCAGCUUGCGACCAAGUACAACGUCUGCAUCGUCGACACGAGCAACGAGAUUGCAGGUGAUGGCGACAUUCCGCAUCCGUGCGUGGGCCUGGCGCGGCGCAUGAUGGUGCCGUCGCUCGACGACCAAGCCGCUGUGAUGGUCGAGUGCGUCCAGAACCACACACCCGAGGUCAUGGUCAUUGACGAGAUUGGUCGCCCGAACGAAGUCGAGGCCGCGCGUACGUGCAAGCAGCGUGGCGUGCGCAUCGUAGCCUCGGCGCACGGCGACCUCCGGAAGUUGCUCAAGAACAAGCCGCUGCGAGGUCUUGUGGGCGGCGUCGAGUCGGUGACGGUAGGCGACGCACUGGCCAAGGAGAAGCAGAAGAAGGAUGACAACGGGCCGCUGCGAAAGCUCUUGGCGCAGCGUGGUGGUGAGCCGAUCUUUGAGGUGAUUGUGGAGCUGCGUCGGGGGCAGUACAACGCGUGGCGCAUCGUGACGGACGCUGCGUCGGCGGUCGAUGGCAUUUUGGCCGGCGAGGCGUACGAGGCGCAAUUGCGGACGCGGGCGACUGAUGGCAUCUACUACAGCGAGCAGAAAGUCUAAUUGAAUAUGAUUGUGGAUCGAUACGAGUGAAGUCGUCAGCUUAUGGCGCUUUAUUUGUGGCAUAUGCCAAAAGCAAAUUUUGC